UACAUCUCCUCUAUUGUUUUUUUUCCGCACAACUUUGAUUAUUUUAGCGGACUGGGAGGGAGGGGGGGAAGUUUAGCAAACUUCUUUGUGUGGAACUAUUUUACUUUAGCGGUUAUAUUAAAGAACCUACAAUAGCGUUAGCAAGGAAUUCAAAGAGUUCUUUGGAGGCUGAGGGUGGCUUAGGGAAAAUAGCUUGCUGAUAAUGAUAAAGAAAUGGUGCGUAGAGAGUCGGUGAUCUUUCAAUGACCGAGGCAACACAAUUCGAUCGUUCGGAGGUGAUUAGAAGGCAUCCCUGAAAUCUCCUGUUCGGCAGCGAGAGUUCCAACCUCCAUCAAGAUGAGAAGCGGAAUUCUGCUAAUAGUCCUGGGUUGCCUGGUUGCUGAUCUUGUCCGAGCGGGGUUUAAGACUGGCUAUAAUGGGCCGUGUGAUGGACGAGACUGCAGUGCUGGUUGCAAGUGUUUCCCAGAGAAAGGGGCAAGGGGCGCACCAGGACCGCUCGGGCCACAGGGACGCAGUGGGCCGCCAGGGUUUCCCGGACCAGAGGGCAUAACUGGACCGAAGGGCGAGAAGGGGAACCGAGGUCCACCAGGCACCAGCGGAAUGAAAGGAGAAAAGGGUCCAAUCGGUGUGCCAGGAUUUGUUGGGACAAACGGGAUCCCGGGUCAUCCAGGUCAACAAGGUCCAAGAGGUUUUCCUGGUCUAGAUGGAUGCAAUGGCACCAAAGGAGAUCCUGGUUCCAGUGGUUUUAAAGGAUAUACUGGAAUACCAGGAUUGCAGGGUGAAGUUGGUCGCAAAGGUGCCAAAGGAGAGCCAGCCUACUACUACGGGUCUUCCGUUGGAUCAAGGGGUGAGCCUGGCCUCCCAGGUUUGGAUGGGUUUCCUGGUUCAAAGGGUUUACCUGGUCCCUAUGGUUCCCAGGGUGCUAGAGGCAUCCCUGGCAUUCCAGGUCGCCCUGGCCCACCGGGAUCUCAGGGCCAGAAGGGUAACAUGGGAUUAGGAUUCCAAGGACAGAAAGGGGCAAAGGGAGACGUGGGUCUUCCAGGUCCUCCGGGCCCACCACCAGCCACCGGAACACUUGAGUUUGCUAGACCAGCUGGAUUUCCAAAAGGGGACCGAGGUGAAAAGGGUGAUAAAGGACUACCUGGUCCUCCUGGAAGGCCUGGGUUCCGUGGUGCACCGGGUUAUACAGAUGUACUCAGAUCAAAAGGAGAGAAAGGAGUUCCUGGUCUGCCAGGCGCAAGGGGAGUUUCAGGCCAGGAUGGACCACCUGGGAUUCCUGGAAGGAAGGGUCAACCGGGCUAUCCUGGGCCACGUGGACAAGAAGGAUUCCCAGGAAUUAAGGGUGACCAGGGUGAAGUGGGUCCGCCAGGGCUCACAGUGUAUGCAGAUCCAAGUGGCACCAUUCUUAAAGGACCUCCUGGGGAUCCAGGCUCACCAGGACUCCCAGGUUCUCCAGGAAUUCAAGGUUUUCAAGGCCCACCAGGAUUACUUGGAUUUGCAGGAUCUUCCUCCCGAGUUCCAGGUCCAAAAGGUCGUGAGGGAUUUCCAGGAAUUCCAGGUCCUAAAGGAGAAAGAGGUGCACCAGGAAGGGGGUCAUUUUCACAACUUGCAGUUCCAGGCCCACCUGGUCUACCAGGCCCCCCAGGACCCCCAGGACCAGCAGGACCACCAGCAUCAAGAAAUAUUGAGGGCAGCAGAGUCGCUGGAGAACCUGGACCCCCUGGCUUACCUGGACCAAGAGGGCCCCCAGGGUUCAGAGGCAGCAAAGGAUAUAAAGGUGAACCAGGAGAUUGUGUCUGCAAUGGUGUGAUUACAGGAGGGUAUCCAGGUCCCCCUGGUCCUCCUGGAAAGCCAGGAAAGCCUGGAUUUAAUAGUGGCAAAGGACAGUGUGGAGACCCAGGAUCACCCGGGGAUCCAGGGCAAGUAGGCCCACCAGGUCUUCCGGGUGUUCCAGGAGGGCGAGGUCGUAAAGGACAAAAAGGGGACUCAUCAUUUAUAUCGGCAAAAGGACAAAAGGGAGAUCGUGGUAUUCCAGGGCCCAGAGGACCUUCCGGUAUUCCAGGAAAACCAGGAAAGGAUGGCUUUCCAGGUUUAUCAGGACCUCCUGGUUUACCCGGAGACCCUCAACCUGGUUAUCCAGGUGAUAAAGGAUUCCCAGGCAGCCCAGGCCCAAGGGGACCUCCAGGAGCAAGAGGUGAGCCAGGAGGUGGACUCCCAGGGCCUUCAGGCUUCCCAGGCCCCCCAGGUGAUCCAGGAUUGGAUGGAAUACCAGGACCACCAGGUUAUCCAGGAGCACCAGGUGACUGUUGCUGCGGGGAAACCGCUGGUGAAGGCGACCGGCAGAGACAGGGAGGAAUCACACUUCCCUGUGUGAUCCCAGGCCUCGGAGGUGGGAUAGGAUUGUCGGGACCUCCAGGACUGCCAGGUCUAAAAGGUCGACCGGGCUUUCCAGGCAGUCCGGGGCGACCAGGACGAGAUGGACCGAAAGGAGUCCCUGGAUCUCCAGGCCUUUUGGGUGAAGCAGGCUUUCCUGGGUUUCCUGGACCACGAGGUGAUGAUGGGCUACCAGGUCUUCCUGGAUUGGAUGGGAAUGAAGGUCCCGCUGGAAAAGUAGGUCUUCCCGGUUCUCCAGGCCUGAAAGGUCUCCCAGGAGAUGUCUACGGUGCUAUUCAGGGUAAUCCAGGUCAACCUGGCCAACCUGGUAAACCAGGAUUGAAAGGAGCUCCAGGAAACCCCGGUUUGCCUGGUCCAAGAGGUAUUGAUGGCAGGCCAGGACGUCAAAGCCCUAAAGGUGAAAGAGGGGAUCUAGGCUUCCCUGGUCUCCCAGGUUUGCCGGGACCUCCAGGUCCGAGCACAGGGACACCUCCUCUGGGUCUCACGGGAGAAGUGGGCAGGGUCGGCGAGCCCGGACGGCCAGGUUUUCCAGGGCAAAAAGGAUUCCCGGGAGACCGUGGACCUUCAGGGCCUUCUGGUAUGAAGGGAUUCCCAGGAGUGUCAGGAAACCCAGGUUUCCCUGGGCAACCAGGCCCCCCAGGUCGUCCAGGAGAGCCUGGUAUCACUGGUUAUUUCCGACCUGGACCUAAAGGUGAAGAAGGGUGCCAUGGUGUGAUUGGAUUUCCAGGAAUGCCAGGCCCUCCAGGCCUGCCUGGAUUUGAUGGAAGGAAAGGAGAAACUGGCAGCCCAGGAAGACCAGGCUACCCAGGCUCCCCGGGCAGGACUGGAGAGAAAGGUGAUAGAGGCAACAGAGGACCACCUGGAAUACCAUAUUUUGUAGAAUUCCCAAUAUCUGCACCACCGGGUAACCCUGGCAGCCCUGGAGUUCCAGGUUUCCCUGGCCCUAGAGGGGAUAGGGGCUUUCCAGGACCUUCAGGUUCUCCGGGCUUGCCAGGACUGAGAGGUCUCCCUGGCCGUGAGAAAGGAAAACCUGGGGAUUUUGGGAUCCCAGGUUCUCCUGGAGCACCGGGACUACCAGGGCCAAAAGGCUUCAGCGGCAUUUUUGGAUUCCCUGGAAUGGUGGGAGAAAAGGGUUCUGAUGGACAGCCUGGUCGUCCUGGGCUGCCUGGUGAAUUAGGGCUCCCUGGUCUAAAAGGUGAGCCUGGUGAGCCGGCAAGAAUACUGCCACCUAGAGGACGAAAGGGAGAUCCGGGUCAGCCAGGAUACCCAGGUGCAAGAGGGCCAGAUGGUUUUCCUGGUGACCCUGGCUUCCCCGGUAGCCCUGCAAUUGCUGGAGUCAAGGGAUUUCCCGGAGAAUCAGGUCGACUGGGUUCCCCAGGUUCUCCAGGGAUUCCAGGCCCUCCAGGAAACCGAGGCUACCAAGGAUCUCAAGGACCUCCAGGUCCUCCAGGACGUCCAUCCCAAUUUAGUUAUCCAGGACAGAAAGGACUCCCAGGUUCUCCAGGGCUAGAUGGUUUGAAUGGUUUGCCUGGACCUAAAGGCCUACCAGGAACACCAGGGGCUGUUUUGGCGGCAUUACCAGGAAUUCCGGGCCCACCAGGCCGAAAGGGUGAAAGGGGAACACCAGGCCGGGGAAUAGGAGUACCAGGAUAUCCUGGACCAAAAGGACUUCGAGGAGAUCCAGGACGUCCUGGACCUUUGGGUCUUCCAGGGAGGCCAGGAGUCCCAGGUAUUACUAGACCUUCGACCAUUCCUGGGAAACCAGGUGACCCUGGUCUACCUGGAGUAGCAGGUCAAAGAGGUCCUCAGGGUCUUCCUGGAGUUCAAGGACCACCAGCAGAUAUCCAGCAGAUAAAAGGAGAUCCUGGAAGCCCAGGUUAUCCAGGGGCCUCUGGACCACCAGGUAUCCAAGGAAAUAUUGGAUUUCCAGGAAACCCAGGACUUCCAGGUCCACCAGGAUUAAAAGGUCAAAGAUCAGAACCAGGCAGAAUGGGAUUUUCAGGAACAGAUGGCCCUCCUGGUGAUCCAGGCUAUCCUGGACCACGAGGAGAUCCUGGUCUGAAAGGUUUACCAGGCCGUCCGGGUGCUCCAGGGCCACGAGCAGCAGAAGAAACCAUUCCUGGGUAUCCGGGUGAUAUUGGUCUGCCAGGAUAUGGUGGAUCACCUGGCCCUCAAGGAGACCAAGGUAGCCCUGGUUUUCCAGGAUUUCCAGGUCUCAAAGGUGAGCCAGGAAAACCUGGCAGGGUGGGACCAAAUGGUUUACCUGGCUCUCCAGGUCCCGUGGGAGAGCCAGGUCCACAGGGAUAUCCUGGAUUGCCUGGGUCAGAGGGUUAUCCGGGGAAUAAGGGUUUGCCAGGACGGCCGGGAGAUCCAUCCCGUGGUGUGUUCGUGGGCUACACACUGGUAAAGCAUAGUCAGUCAGAUACUGUGCCGGCCUGCCCACUGGGGAUGAACAAACUGUGGGAUGGUUACAGCUUGUUGUAUGUGGAAGGGCAAGAAAAGGCACAUAACCAAGAUCUGGGAAUGGCUGGUUCGUGUUUGCCUCGAUUCACCACGAUGCCUUUCCUGUAUUGCAAUGUCGACGAGGUCUGCCACUAUGCAAGCAGGAAUGACAAGUCCUAUUGGCUUUCCACUACUGCUCCCAUUCCCAUGAUGCCAGUCGCCAGCUUGCUGAUCCAAAAUUAUAUCAGCCGCUGCUCUGUCUGCGAGGUGCCAUCUCAAGCUAUUGCUGUACACAGCCAAGACAUUACCAUCCCGCAGUGCCCUAGUGGCUGGCGAAGUCUCUGGAUAGGCUACUCUUUCCUUAUGCACACGGCUGCUGGCCCAGAAGGUGGGGGCCAGUCUCUGGUGUCACCAGGCUCCUGCCUAGAGGACUUCCGCGCCACGCCUUUCAUCGAAUGCAACGGCGCGCGGGGCACCUGCCACUACUUCGCCAACAAGUACAGCUUCUGGCUGACGACGGUGGAGGCAAGCCGACAGUUUGAGGAGUCGCCACCCUCAGAGACACUGAAGGCAGGCCAACUGCGUACGCGGGUCAGCCGCUGCCAAGUCUGCAUUAAGUACUUGUAGCCGCCGCCCGGCCAGAGGUCUACCCGCUGCCGUUUCUCUUGCCCGGUUGGCUAGCACAGGCAUGCCCUUCUGACGAGUCACCAGCAAGUUUCAAGAACUCUGUAUAUUAGAAGGAGAUGGUUUCUAAUGCGGACUGUAUAAAACAAGGUGCUGCUUCAUUCCUACCGCUGUGCAAAAAGCUUUUAUUUGUCUUCAUCAGGUCAGAUUCCACAUGAGCAAACCGAUAACAGAAUCAAUUAGUGGUGGUGUCACUCCGUCUGGUCUAGUCUGAUCUUUUCAAAUAGUAGCCCCUCAUUUCUGGUCAUUGCAUUACUAUGUGAGCAGGACUCUACAGAAACCACUAACAAAGACCGGCAUUUGCCUCUGUAUGAACUCAUUGCAAAGCUGAAGUAGUCUGGGUCCAGCUCUCUGCUUUUUCAUGUGUAUUUCAAGUCCCAACCGGAGUAGAAAUGAGAAGUUGACUUUAAUGUCAAAUCUGGAAUGUUGUUCUCCCUGUUGUAAUGCACGUAAUUGAUUUCAGUGCUCCUAAUUUAUGAGUAACUAUUCUCCACUCAUUACAUUCGACUGGUAAAAUUAACCUGUUUUUAUUGGGAGACUUCGUUGUACUCUCUGGCUGAAGUUGUUUCUUUAAAUAUAUUCUGAGGAAAGCAGUUCUGCUGCAUAUUGGGUAAACUGUUGUAAGCCCUACCAUGGCCCAGCUCGUUAGCUAACAGAAUGUGGUCAAAUAAUUAACAUUGGGAAUAGCGAUGAGAGUGUUUUCCAGGCACGUUGGGUAGAUGCUUAUUGCUUUCUUCAUGUUGCAAGUGGCCCUCUAUAUGACACCCCCAGUCUCAUAUUUUCAUUUGUUCUCAAGCUAACAUAAAAUUAUAUUUUGAUUUUCCAUAAUGUUCAUCUGAUUUGUGGUGUGGAUUACUUCAUCUCAACUAUAUCACAGGGGGUCUUCCUUGACACUUAGUGGAUUUAGAGACUGAACAAAGGAUGCCAGACCUGUCACCUCCUAAAAAUAAAUUAGUCCAAGUAUGGAAGGCUUUCAAAUAUAUAUAUAUAUACUGUAAAUACAUUAGUUUGCUUUAUUGUGGAAUUUCAGUUUGAAAGUCACAGCCUCCCACCAACCCAAAUAAAAAUUGAGUUUACUUUCUAAAACCAACAUUGUUCUUGCAAUUCUCCCAAAGUUAAAAGAUAUAUUUUUGAAUGUCUCUGCCUUAAUUCUACAAGUUGCCUUUCACACCAAUCUGCUGCAGUCCACCAGAAACAAAAUGUAGUUUAUCGUGAUGGUCAUUUUGGUUUAAAGCCGUCUUUAUUAGAGGACAAAACAGUAAAGGUGCUCAACAUAACUUAACACAAAGGUGCUCGUUUUAAAGUUCAUGGCUACCUCAGGAAGUGCAAACAUUGCUGAAAUUUUCUCACUUCUUACCACAUUAUUGCAAUAACUUGAGAAUUGAUAGAAAUGUACUGAUAAAUCUGCCUGGUUCGAUGGAGCUUCUUCUGCCUUAUUUCCUCCACACAACAAAAAGCUUUCAUACUGCUCAGUGAAGCGGCUGGAUAUAACACUGAAUUUUCUGAAAGCUUAGAGCAAUGUAUGAACAGUCACCUUCUGCAAAUUCAUUUGGCUUUGACUCACAUGGUGAAGUCUCUCAGUCAUUAUUUCAUGCUAGUACAGAAUACUUUAUUCGACAAAAAGUUGAAUGUUUUAUUCAUUGCCAAAAAUUGGAAAACAGACCAUUGUGAACCCAGUUUCAUGCUGGCUAUGCAAGACACAUUGGCACAUAUUUCAGCAUUUAAUGGUGUGUUAACAGAGAACGAAGAUAAGAUGCAUAUGCAGCCUUGCAAUUGCUAACCUAUAAAACCUCGGGAAAAAAAAAUACAUUCUAAUGGAAGAUUUGCCUCCCCUUCGCUCAGAGGAAGUUGAUUGAAAAGAAAAUCAAACCAUAUAAGACUUAGAAAAGAAAUGGUAAACACAGGAGAUGCUACAGAUGCUGGAAAUCUUGAGCAAAAGAUAGAAACUGCUGGAGGAACUCAGCAAGCCAAGCAGCAUCUGGCUUCAGUCGCCUUCCUUUCCUGCCUUGAUGAAGGGUCUCUGCCCGAAGCAUUGACUGCUUAAUCCCUUCCAUCGGAGCUGCCUCUCUUGCUGAGUUGCUCCACCAUUUUAAGUGUGUUUCACAAAUGAAGGAGGCUUGACUUAAUGCUCAAAUCAUAUGCAAGAGAUCCUAACAUGCCCUGAAAUAGAGCUGCUGAUGGCUUCUGCAGUACUUCAUAAAUACAAUACUUUGAUACAACCUGUUUUGAAAUCUAUAGUAUCUGUUACUUACCAUGUCUGCUUGAGUCUAUUCGUCUCAGUUGUAAAAUGAGUGUGAUAAUAUAAUAUUGGUCACCAGCAUGAGGUAAAGUGAUAAAUGAUUUCUGGGCAUGUAAUAUCAAUCUGACAAGACAAAGCUUGCUUCUUUAUUGUUCAAUAUUUAUAAUCCACAGAUGUUAUCGAUCCCAACGAGGACAUUUUACAAAGCAGUGCAGCCAGUUAUUCUGAACUUGGUACUUUUGCUCUCAGAGGCAUCCCUUUAUACUGCAGUAAAAGUUUUGUUUAGCAAGAAGAUAGAAAUAGGAUGUGCAGGAACAGCUUAACUGUCCCAUAAGACCUGCAUUUUUAUAGCACUGUAAGGCCAGAUUCUAGUUUUGUCACUGAGGAUCCAAUCAUCUGCCAUGUCCCAAAACCCAGCAGAAGACGUUAUUAGAAGCCUGGUAAAGAUUUGGAUCAGUUCUUGAGAUCUGAGGAUAGAUUUUUCAAAUCUGCACAUGAUGGUAGAAUACGAAUAUACUUUUUUUGCCAAAAGCAUUCCAAAAACAGUGACGACUCUUCAUGUAAAUGAAAAACAACAUAUUUUCAAAACCCCUAAUAUGUUGGUAUUCACAUGUACUCAGAGAUACAGCAUGGUUACAGGCCCUUCCAGCCUGUUACCAUGCCACUCAAUUACACCCAUGUGAUCAAUUAAUCUAUUACAUUCCCCACAUCCUUGGAAUGUGGGAGGAAACCAGAGCACAUGGAGGAGACCCAUGCAGUCACAGAGAGAAUGUACAAACUCCUUACAGGCAGUGGUGGGAAUUGAACCCGGGUCGCUGGUACUGUAAUAGCGUUGUGCUAACCAAUACAUUACUGUGUCACUCUCAUGGUGCUAUUUCCAUUGUUUCAAUGCACUGCUGUAGCCUACAACCUAGCUUUCUCAUUAAAGGGAAUUAGGGUGCAACCAUAUUCCAAUGAGCACUUGAAUCCCACCCUCCCGCACCCCAUGAGAAAAUCGCCCCUUCCCUUUCUGGACUUGCAGCCCUGCCACAGAUGGCUAAGAGAGAAAUCACACUUCCAAAUUCAGCUGAAUUGCUGUCAAUUGCACUUAUUAUCUGUUAACUGAACUUUUCCUCAUUUUUAACAAGCUGACAAUCCCAAUCUUCAGAUUUUUAUUGUUUUGUCUGAGAUCUCUAUACGCAGAAUUAAUACUUAUAUCUUCAAAUGGUAUUUGGUGCAAGUGAAAUUUUAAAUUUAAAUGUUUGUACUAAAAGAAUAUGAAGCUGUAUAAAUUCAAUUUAUAAUCACCAAAUGUUAAAUGCUAGCAAGACAGCUUUGCUUUUCCUUGGCCAUUGAUGUUACAGAGAUAUGAACUGGCAAAAUAAUAAACUCGUGUCUGAC